AUGACGGAACCUAUCCCCCCACCAUCAAGAAGUUGCUACCACCUUACUGGAGAGACAGAAGGUAUCCAAGCUUCUAGUACUCCAAUCGCUAUAGUGGCAGAAGAACACAUGACACCAUCAAGGUCAAAUAUCAGUUGUUUGGUUGAAGUCUCUGAUGAUGAUGAUGAUGAUGACUCCGAUGAUAUUGAUGAUAUGAGUUUUUGUUUGUUUGUUCCACCAAAGGAGCCAGUCAAUGAAGCCGUGAUUACCCCAGCUGAGACAGAGACUGAAAUCAAUAUUUUCAGGCAACCAAAUAUUCCAACGCCCGAACAAAUGGAUGCACUUUUCAAAUAA